AUGGUGCAAGCGUUUAUCGUCGAGGUCGAGAAAAGGACCCGAAUGAGACCACGCCUGCUGAGACCGGAAGAUUUGCGUUUAGUUCCCGAUGCUACUUCGCAGACUGGUUAUGCCCUUUACUGUACCCGGAAUUCCAGCGAAUUGGCCUCCCCCUACUCCUCUUCCUCUGGUUCUCAGGAAGAAGAGGAGACCCUAGAAAUGACCCACCAAGUAGGUCUUCAGAUGACAGAUUUUUCGGCUCUGAGCCCCGAAAUUGUUCGCCAUUUAGCACUCCCCGAGACCAAUGACGCUCGUACUAGACUUCUCGUUCACGACAAGCGGAUUCUAGGAAUUAUUCACCAGGAACUGGAUGGCCUCGUUACGAAGCAUCGUGUCUUAACAGAAGCGCAAGCAAACCUGCUCCGACGCCGAGUCGUGCCCACUAUCAUUCCGGGAUCGCCGGAAGCAAAGCAAUUUCUUGAUUUGUACCGUGGACAAGGAAUCAAGUUUGGUGAUGAGAUCAGGGAAACCGCUGAAUGGGAGGAAAUCCUUAAGGGCUUGCAGACACCGGCGCUGAGUUCAGAUGCCACAACAUACGUUAUCCAGCCAAUUAUCAAACAAGCAGAGGAAGAUUUGUUCUUGGAUGAGGAGGCUGGCGUGCAAAGGUGCCAGCGAGUCGGGACCUACUACUCUAUGAACGGUAGCUUCGUCGGCUUCGGAGCGUGGAGGGCCAUUGUGGCCAGCAAAAGAGUUUGUAAUAUGGCUACUGGAAAGGCCUGGAAGAUGGGAAGUGUGCUCGUAUCAAACGAGUAA